CGCAGCCGCCGCCCGCCCGCCCGCCGCCCCGCCCGGCCGCUUCCACCACCGUUCGGCAAGAUGUCGGUGAAGGAGGGUGCCCAGCGCAAGUGGGCAGCGCUGAAGGAGAAGCUGGGGCCGCCGGACUCGGACCCCACCGAGGCCAACCUGGAGAGCGCCGACCCCGAGCUGUGCAUCCGGCUGCUGCAGGUGCCCUCGGUGGUCAACUACUCGGGCCUGCGCAAGCGCCUGGAGAGCAGCGACGGCGGCUGGAUGGUGCAGUUCCUGGAGCAGAGCGGCCUGGACCUGCUGCUGGAGGCGCUGGCCCGGCUGGCCGGCCGCGGCGUGGCCCGCAUCGCCGACGCCCUGCUGCAGCUCACCUGCAUCAGCUGCGUGCGCGCCGUCAUGAACUCCCGGCAGGGCCUCGAGUACAUCCUCAGCAACCCGGGCUACGUGCGCCAGCUCUCUCUGGCCCUGGACACGUCCAACGUGAUGGUCAAAAAGCAGGUGUUUGAGCUGCUGGCUGCCCUGUGCAUCUACUCCCCCGAGGGCCACGCCCUGACGCUGGACGCCCUGGACCAUUACAAGACGGUGUGCGGCCAGCAGUACCGCUUCAGCGUCAUCAUGAGCGAACUUUCCGACAGCGACAACGUGCCCUACGUGGUCACUCUGCUGAGCGUGGUCAACGCCAUCAUCCUGGGCCCCGAGGCCCUGCGGGCCCGCACCCAGCUGCGCGGCGAGUUCAUCGGGCUGCAGCUGCUGGACGUUCUGACCCGGCUUCGGGACCUGGAGGACGCUGACCUGCUGAUCCAGCUGGAGGCCUUCGAGGAGGCCCGGGCCGAGGACGAGGAGGAGCUGCAGCGCAGCUGCGGGGGGCUGGACAUGAGCAGCCACCAGGAGGUCUUCACCUCGCUCUUCCACAAGGUGAGCUGCUCCCCCGCCUCGGCCCAGCUGCUGUCGGUGCUGCAGGGCCUCCUGCAUCUGGAGCCCACGCGCCGCCCGGGCCAGCUGCUCUGGGAGGCCCUGGAGAGCCUGGUGAACCGGGCCGUGCUCCUGGCCAGCGACGCCCAGGGGUGCCCCUCGGAGGAGGUGGUGGAACGGCUCCUGUCCGUGAAAGGCCGGCCCCGACCCAGCCCUCGGGACAAGGCCCACAAGGGCGUCCAGGCCAACCUAGGCCCGAGCCCCAGAGACGUGGCCGCCCCGCCGGGCCCGCAGCCGGGCCUGGCUCCCACGGGCCCGCGCCCGCAGACCGCCGGCAGCCAGCCAGCCCCGCGGCCCUCGGGCCUGCCGCGCUCCCCCCUCCCCGGCCCCCCCCCUCCCCCGGCGUCCGGCCCCCCUCCGCCUCCGCCUCCGCCUCCCCCCCCUCCACCCCUGCCAGGCCCGGGGGGAGCGUUUACCUCAGCGCCCCCUCCACCCCCUCCGCCCCCCCUGCCAGGCCCCGGGGGGGCGUUUACCUCAGCGCCCCCUCCACCCCCGCCACCCCCCCUGCCAGGCCCCGGGGGGGCGUUUACCUCAGCGCCCCCUCCACCCCCGCCACCCCCCCCUGCCGGCCCCGGGGGGGCGUUUACCUCAGCGCCCCCUCCACCCCCACUGCCAGGCCCCGGGGGGCCGUUUACCUCAGCGCCCCCUCCACCCCCUCCGCCCCCCCUGCCAGGCCCCGGGGGGGCGUUUACCUCAGCGCCCCCUCCACCCCCUCCGCCCCCCCUGCCAGGCCCCGGGUGCUUCCCCCCUCCGCCGCCCCCGCUGCCCGGGGCGCCCGCCCCCUCCCCGGCGGGUGGCGUGGAGGACAUCCUCGUGGCCCAGGUGGACCACGGCCUGGGCUCGGCCUGGGUCCCCAGCCACCUGCGGGUGACGCCGCCCACGCUGCGCAUGAAGAAGCUCAACUGGCAGAAGCUGCCCUCCAACGUGGCCCGAGAGCGCAACUCCAUGUGGGCCGCGCUGAGCAGCCCUGGCGCGGAGCUGGUGGAGCCCGACCUCUCCAGCAUCGAGCGGCUCUUCUGCUUCCCCGUGGCCAAGCCCAAGGAGCCCUCCGCUGCCCCCGCCAGAAAGGAGCCCAAGGAGGUCACUUUUCUGGACUCCAAGAAGAGCCUGAACCUCAACAUCUUCCUGAAGCAGUUUAAGUGCUCCAACGAGGAAGUCACCGCCAUGCUCCGGGCUGGGGACACCACCAAGUUUGAUGUCGAGAUCCUCAAGCAACUCCUGAAGCUCCUUCCGGAGAAACACGAGACGGAGAACCUGCGGGCCUUCGCGCAAGAGCGGGCCAGGCUGGCCAGUGCCGACCAGUUCUACGUCCUCCUGCUGGACAUCCCGUGCUACCAGCUGAGGGUGGAGUGCAUGCUGCUGUGUGAGGGCACCGCCCUCGUGCUGGACAUGGUGCGGCCCAAGGCUCAGCUGGUGCUCGGCGCCUGCCAGGGCCUGCUCACCAGCCACCGGCUGCCCGUCUUCUGCCAGCUGAUCCUGAAGAUCGGGAAUUUCCUCAACUACGGCAGCCACACGGGAAACGCGGACGGCUUCAAGAUCAGCACCCUGCUGAAGCUCACCGAGACCAAGUCCCAGCACAGCCGCGUGACCCUGCUCCACCACGUGCUGGAGGAGGUGGAGAGGAGCCACCCAGACCUCCUGCAGCUGCCCCAGGACCUGGAGCUGCCCGCCCGGGCCGCGGGGAUCAAUGUGGAAAUCAUUCGCUCAGAAGCCAGUGCCAACCUGAAGAAGCUUCUAGAGACAGAGCGGAAGGUGUCCAUGUCCGUCCCCGAGGUGCAGGAGCAGUACUCGGAACGCCUGAAGGCCAGCAUCGCGGCCUGCAGGGCUCUGGACGAGGUGUUCGAGGCCAUCGAGCAGAAGAAGGUGGCGCUGGCCGACUACCUGUGUGAGGAGCCCCGGCAGCUGUCCCUGGAGGACACGUUCUGCACCAUGAAGGCCUUCCGGGACCUCUUCACCCGGGCCCUGAAGGAGAACAAGGACCGGAAGGAGCAACUGGCGAAGGCGGAGCGGAGGAAGCAGCAGCUGGCAGAGGAGGAGGCGCGGAGGCCGAGGGGCGAGGACGGGAAGCCUGUGCGGAAGGGGCCUGGCCGGCAGGAGGAGGUGUGCGUCAUCGACGCCUUGCUGGCGGACAUCAGGAAGGGUUUCCAGCUGCGGAAGACGGCGCGCGGGGGCCGGGGCGACGCGGAGCCCGGCGGCAGGGGGGCCCCGGCCGGCCCCCCACGGGCCACAGAGCCUGCCGCGAAGGCGUCGGAGCCAGGCCGGGCCGGUGGGACGGGCCACGCCGCCUCGGAGCCAGGCGCCCGGGCGCCGCCCCCGGCCGCCGAGCCCCAGGGCCGGGACCUCGUGGACGCCGCGAGCCCCGGGGAGCCCGGCCCCCCCGCCCUGGAGAGGCAGACCUCCUGGUACGAGGACGCCAGCGACGUCCGUCCUGAAGACGCCCCGAGCUUCCGGCCCGCCCAGGGGGCCUGGCCCGUGACGCUGGGCGACGCCCAGGCCCUGCACCCUGCCGAGUUCAGCAGCGCACCCCCGGCCCAGAGUGCACCCCCGGAGGCCGAGGCCCCGAGCACGCGCCGGGGCCCCCGCGAGACGAGACGAGGACACACCGCCCCGGAGUCCGUGCUGGACACGUCCCCGGACAAGUCCUUCUCUGAAGACGCCGUGACGGACUCUUCGGGGUCGGGGACCCUGCCCAGGGCCCGGGGCCGGACCUCGAAGGGGACCGGCAAGCGAAGGAAGAAGCGUCCUUCAAGGAGCCAGGAAGCAGAGGUUGCCCCCGGCUCUGACGGUAGUAAAUCAAAAGGGCCGUGUGCCCUGCAGUGAGGCCUCAGGCCCAGGCCCAAAGCCAAGGUGAGCGGCG